UGGCCAAAGGACUCUCAGGUAGAUUUCCACAGAGCACAGGUGUGGCGGAACAAGUUUCCUGUUCAGACAAAAAUCAGAGGACCCUCCUGUCAUCAUCAUGGCUUCUUUAUGGGACGACCUGGACGACCUGGUGAACAAACCUUCAUCCUUCUCUGCUAAAGACGGUGAGAGAGGAACCAUCAAACCCAAAGCUCACUUUGAUGCUGGAGACGAUGCUGAGGCUCUGAAGAAGGCCAUGGAAGGAAUUGGCACCAAUGAGAAGACUCUGAUCGACAUCCUGACCCGCAGGACCAAUGCUCAGAGACAGCUCAUCAGUGAGGCUUAUGAGGCGACCACAGGCACAGCAUUGGUGGACGACCUGAAAGGAGAAACUGGCGGGGACUUUGAGGAUCUGUUGGUGGCGCUGGCGACGCCUCCUGCAGUGUACGACUGUCAUGAAGUGAUGAGAGCCAUGAAGGGAGGAGGGACUGUAGAAAGCGUCCUGAUCGAGAUCUUUGCCUCCAGAUCCAACGAACAGAUCCAAGCUCUCAACGAGGCCUACCUGACAGAAACGGAGAAGAUGGUGACCCUCGACAUGAAGUCCGAAAUUUCCGGAGACUUCGGCGAUGCUCUGCUCGUGCUGGCCAAGGGUCAGAGGGACGAGAGCACCACUGUGGAUACACAGAAGGCUAAAGAAGACGCCAAGACCCUUUAUGAAGCUGGGGAGAAGAAGUGGGGAACCGAUGAGUCUAAGUUUAUUGAAAUCCUCUGUCAUAGGAGCAUACCUCAGCUCAGACAGACUCUUGUGGAAUAUAAGAACAUCAGUGGAAAGACUCUGCAGGAGAGCAUCGAGGGAGAAAUGUCUGGAGAUCUGCAGGAGCUGCUGGUGGCGAUAGUGAAGUGUGUGAAGAGUGCCCCGGCUUACUUUGCAGAGCUUCUCUAUCACAGCAUGAAGGGCGGUGGAACAGACGAGUCGACUCUGAACAGGGUCAUGGUGAGUCGGUCUGAGAUUGACCUGCUGGACAUCCGAGCAGAGUUUAAGAAGCUGUACGAGUACUCGCUGCACUCGGCCAUCGAGUCUGAUCUGUCGGGGGAGCACGGGGACGCUCUGAAGCUGAUCUGUGGAGGAGACGACUAACACACCUGAGCUCACCUGAACCCUCAGUACCCUUCUCUCUCUGUCUUCACUAACUCACCUGAGUCCUCGGUACCCUUCUCUCUCUGUCUUCACUGACUCACCUGAACCCUCAGUACCCAUCUCUCUCUGUUCCUUCACUAACUCACCUGAGUCCUCGGUACCCUUCUCUCUCUGUCUUCACUAACUCACCUGAGUCCUCGGUACCCUUCUCUCUCUGUCUUCACUAACUCACCUGAGUCCUCGGUACCCAUCUCUCUCUGUUCCUUCACUAACUCACCUGAGUCCUCGGUACCCUUCUCUCUCUGUUCCUUCACUAACUCACCUGAGUCCUCGGUACCCUUCUCUCUCUGUCUUCACUGACUCACCUGAGUCCUCAUUACCCAUCUCUCUCUGUCUUCACUGAUUCAGGACUCUGCUGUCUAUUAGAGGUGCAUGUGAAUAAAGUGUGCAGAGGGUAAUCAGUAAUGUAAGCCUGUUUGUGUUUCAGUCUGACGUUGGAGGAGAUUAUAAAAAGAUUCUGCUAAAGCUCUGUGGAGGAGACGAUGAUUAACAUCAUGUCUGUUUAUCUUUCUGCUCUUUAAAAACGUGAACGUUAAAACAACUGGAAAUAAUAAAAUGACUCUGAUAAAGUACCCGA